CAGGAAGUGGAUCCCAGAGCCCCAGUUAGCUUACGGAGCUAGCCGGAGUCGAUAAGAUGCUGAAUGACAGUGAUUUUGCGACGCUGCGAAAUAGAUUUAAAAGAGAUGCGGAGUUUCUCAUGCAAACAACGACGUCAGCUGAGGAAGAUGACAAGAGCCAGGAGGAAAAAGACGUGAAACCACUCCCUCGCAUUAACAAGCACUCAGUUUUCUGGAUCGUAGCAUCUGUAGCUGUGACCUACUACGCAGACUUUCUCCGUGUCAUCAUAGAUGAUCACGAUAUCAAAAGCUGGUGGUUUAAUAUUGGUCUGGUUCUGCUCGGGAUAUGCCUGUCCCUGGCAAUGUUUUGCAUCGUAUACUUGGAGUGGUUCAAAGGCAUCCAGCACUAUGAACAAGAGUACCCUGCCAUUCCCCCCAUCACCACUGCAGCCUUUAUUGCUGCAUCAUGCAGCUUUAACAUUGCACUUUGGCCAGUGUGGUCCUUCUUCACUCCUCUGAUCCUCUUCACCCAGUUCAUGGGCGUGGUCAUGUUCAUCUCUCUACAGAAUUCAUUCCCCCUUCAGCCACAGUGUGUCAUCCAUGGCUAGCACACAGUAUUUGUGGUCUUAAUGUGGACAUGAAUAAAACAUUAGUUAUUAAUAGAACCCAGUAGAACUCACCUGACAGCGUAAAUGCACUUACUGCUCUGUUAAGAUGGCGUGCGCUCCAUCUGUCUGUUCUGUCUGAGUCUCCUUUACAAAUGACCACAGUCUGCUGCUCCAAUUGUAACAACAGCAGACGCUCUCACUAUUAGUGGUGUGAACUGGAAGUAGGACCACACUCUAGGAUUACUUAGUUUUCUGCUGACUUUAAUGAUCUGGGUGUAUGAUUUUUUUAAUUUAUUUUGUGCUUCUCCAAAGAGAGAGGGUGAAUUCCUUUUUUUGGGUGCCCUCUCCAGUAAUUGCAUCAUUCCCAGCUCAAAGAGUAUCAGUGUGACCCCCCCUUAUCUCCGUUUUCCUGCUUUACCACCAUCCUGAGAUGCCGUGGUUCUGCGUUGCCCUAUGGGAGCUGAGCAGGAGGCAGGGCUUCCCCCCCAUCCGUCCCCACGCCCCCUUCCUCUGGAAGUCACACACUAAACAGCCUAAUCUUAGUUUUAGGGUUUCUUUAACAUGACAAACGAUCUUUGGUGCCUCUUACAUUUUAUGUUCGAAUUUUAUUUAACUUGUUUUAAGUAUUUGGAUGGACUAUAAAAACAUACAAACCAGCUACCAUUUUAACAGUGAAAGAAACUCUAGUUGUUCAGCUUAAUACUUGAUACUUGAUUUGUUCUGAAACCAUUUGUGGUUCAAAUGGUGUUUUCUAUUUGUGUCUUUCCAUAAUAAACUGGUGUAACCAA